UUGUCCCCCACUCUGAGCGCUGAUCUCAGACACACACACACACACAGACAUGGAUCUCCAGGUGAUCGUCUGGCUGGUCUACAGCGUUCUGCUGCCAGCCGUCCUCCUAACAGCUUGUCUUUUUCGCUUCAACUUGCUGUCACUGGUUUACUUCCUCUAUCUACUGCUGCUGCCAUGGUUCCUGUGCCCAAACAAAUACACAGUGAGAGGUCACACUGGUCGAUUUAUUAAAACGGUAUUUUGCACCAGUCUGCUGUUUGUUCUGGCUCAUGUCUGCUUCCAGACAGUGCUGUACACGUACGCUCCCCUCAACACCGCAAUAGGCUAUAACUGUUCACAAUGGGAGACCAUAACCAGACACAUCGGACUGUCCAGGCUUCCCUUGGAGGAUCCCUGGAAUGUGCUCCGUCUCCUGUGUCCGGAUGUAGGAGUGUGUGUGGUGUCACUUGUUACUAUUGUCCUCUGCAGCAGAUUGGUCAGGAACAGAGAAAUGGUGGCUGCAGCCAAUAUAACAUCACUUGAAGAGGAAUCUGCAGACACAACAACAGAGAAUGAGGAGGAGGAAGAGUCAUCAGUUGACGAAGAGGUGGAGGAAGAGGAAAGGUCGUCGAAUGGUGACCCUGACGAGGUUUCCACAGCAACCAGAGCCAAGCAGCUGGCAGAAGGGCUCAAAGUUAAAAUGCUGAAAAUCCUGCGGGAUCUGGGCAGAGUGAUGGUGGUCGUCCUGCUGGGGUUGGCAGGCAUCACACUGCCCUCUGCCUUCUCAGCACUUUACUUCCUCCUAUUCAUCGGUGUGUGCACGUGGUGGGCGUGCCAUCUACCCAUCAGCCACCUGGGGUUUAAUGCACUGUGUGUGAUGGUGGGCUUCUUCGCUGCCGGCCACCUGGUCUGCCUGUACUUGUACCAGAGUCUGCUGGGCCAAGGCCUCUUCCCCCCACACAGCCUGUGGGCCAGACUGUUUGGUCUGAAGGACAUCAUCAUACCCGGAAACUGCUCCAUGCCUGAUGACCUCAUCCUCAAUCACAGCCAUGAUUGGCCGGUUUACGUCAACCCAGGAAUCCUGCUGGUCCUCUACGUUACUGUGGCCGCGGUUAUCAAAUCAGGACUGCACGCGGCGUCGAACCAGCUGGAGAAAAGAAAAGCUUCAGCGGAAGAGCUGGUUGAGUUAAAGUCCUGGAAUCAACCCAAAGACGACUGCGAAGACGAGACACAGAUCACCUUGGUUUCCAGCGAAGCAGAAGAUCCAGAGGAAACUACAGCUGGAGAACAUCAGCCAGGUGUGGCUGCGGCCCCCGGGGGACAGAUGAGCGAGAGCCCGUUCUUCCUGCUGGGACGGGUGGUCAUGCAGCAGAGUUAUGUCUGUGCUCUCAUAGCCAUGAUGGUGUGGAGCAUCACCUACCACAGCUGGCUGACGUUCGUUCUGCUGCUGUGGGCGUGUCUCAUCUGGAUGCUUCGUUCCAGACGCCAUGCAGCCACGCUGUGCUCUCCGUUCAUCCUGCUCUACGGCCUAGCUCUGUGCUGUCUGCAGUACGUCUGGGCCAUGGAGCUGGAAUCCAUCCUGCCCACAAAGGUGGGGACCAUGAGUCUCAGACAGCUGGGCCUGGACAGAACCCAGUAUCCCUGCCUCAGACUGGGAGCUAUGCUUCUGUUCACCUUGACCUUCUGGCUGCUGGUACGUCAGUCAGUGAAGGAGAACUUCAGGAGGAAGAGCAAAAUGUCUGCGCCCCUACAGGAAGUCACUACAAAAGAACUGGGCGCUGGCAGUGAGUCGGUACUGAAGGUUCUGGGAGGCAUGGUGAUGAGCUGCUAUGCCAAGUACUGGAUCUAUGUUUGUGGAGGGAUGUUCAUCAUGGUCUCCUUUGCUGGAAAACUAGUUGCCUACAAGAUCAUCUACAUGCUGCUCUUCCUGCUCUGCCUCUGCCUUUAUCAGGUGUACUACUCUCUGUGGAGACAUCUGCUGAAGCUCUUCUGGUGGCUGGUGGUGGCCUACACCAUGCUGGUGCUCAUCUCCAUUUACACAUACCAGUUUGAAGACUUCCCCGAAUACUGGAAAAACCUCACUGGUUUCACAGAUGGACAGCUGGCGGCCAUCGGCCUGGAGACGUUCGCUCUGUCAGAGCUCUUCUCCAGCAUCCUCAUCCCGGGUUUCUUCCUGCUGGCCUGCAUCCUGCAGCUGCACUACUUCCACAAGCCCUUCAUGAAGAUCACAGACCUGGAACACGUCACCCCCAAACACAGGAGGAAGAAUAAAGAAAGAAGGGAGGAAGUCGUCUCUGGUAAUGUGAGGGUAAACCCUGAAGAAGAAGAAGAAGAAGAAGAAGAACUGGUGGCAGACAAUGAUGAAGAAUCCGAAGAUGAAGAGUUGGUUCCCACUAAGUGGGGCCUGGUGAUGGACAGGAUUCUGGUUCUGUCCAGGAAGUUCACCGACAUCCUUACUAAAGUCCAGGGGUUCCUUUGGAGAAUUCUGGAGCUUCACAUCCUCAAGAUGGUGGCUUUUUUCUCUGUGUGGGUUGCCCUUAAAGAGCCAUCGGUGAUGAACCUGGUUCUGGUGGUGUUGUGGUCUCUGGCGAUGCCGUUUAGCCGCUUCAGGCCCAUGGCGUCAUGCCUGUCCACGGUCUGGGUGUGUGUCAUCAUCGUCUGCAAGAUGCUGUACCAACUCAGUGUGGUCAACCCCACAGAGUACUCCUGCAACUGUAGCAUGCCGCUACCAAACACAACCAACCUCCUACCAGAGGAGAUGAUGAACUCCACGCUUUACAAGGAGCCUAUAGAUCCAGCCAAGUGGUUUGGCAUAAGGAAAGAUGCGACUGCUUUGGGAUACAGUAAGAAUCAUCUGAUUGUGCUGAUGCUGCUGGUGUUUGAGGCUACAGUGUAUCGUCACCAGGUUCACCAUUAUCGGCAGCUCCUGCGAUCCCCUCCCACCAUACAGACUCUCUUCCCCUCUGCAAAGAGAGACACUUUGGACAACGGCCUCAUUCCAUGCUUGAAGUACCUGCUCAACUACUCCUUCUACAAGUUUGGUUUGGAGAUAUGCUUUCUGAUGACGGUGAAUGUGAUUGGUCAGCGGAUGAACUUUUUGGUCAUCAUCCAUGGCUGCUGGAUGGUGGCCCUGCUGGUGAGGCGGAGACGAGCAGCGAUAGCUAAGAUCUGGCCCAAGUACUGCCUCUUCCUGUCCAUCUUCAUGAUCUACCAGUACCUGCUGUGUGUGGGCAUUCCUCCUGCUCUCUGCAUAGAUUACCCAUGGAGGUGGAACAAUCAGCUGUUGAUGAGCUCAGCGCUCAUUAAAUGGAUCUAUCUGCCCGACUUCUACACCGUGCCCAACUCCAAAAACCUGAUGGCGGACUUCCUGCUGCUGAUGUGUGCGUCCCAGCAGUGGAAGGUGUUUGAGUGUGAGAAGCAGGAGGAGUGGAUGGUCCAAGCAGGAGAGAACACCGACGAGCCUGAUCCAAUGGAGGGCCAGCUCUUUAACCCGGCGCCUAACUUCAUCAACUGCAGGAGUUAUCUGGACAUGGUGAAGGUUCUGGUGUUUCGGUACUUCUUCUGGUUCGUGCUGUCCAUGGUGUUCAUCACAGGCGCCACCCGGAUCUCAGUGUUCGGACUGGGUUACCUGAUCGCCUCCUUCUUUUUCCUGCUGUUUGGAACCAAGCUGCUAGUCAAACCGUCCAGAGUCCGCCUGAUGCUGUGGGACUGUCUCAUUAUCUACAACGUGGCCGUCAUUAUAUCUAAGAAUGUCUUAUCUAUCCUGGCCUGUGUGUUUGUGUCUGAGAUGCAGGCGAGGUUCUGUUGGGUGAUUCAGCUCUUCAGCCUGGUCUGCACAGUUAAAGGAUAUUAUGAUCCUGCUGUGGUGAGCGGCGACACAUGCAGCCUGCCGGUGGAAGAAGCGGGCAUCCUGUGGGACAGCUUGUGUCUGCUCUGCCUCCUGCUGCAGAGGAGAGUCUUCCUCAGUUUCUACUUCCUGCAUGUGACAACAGAGCUGCAGGCGUUUGCCAAGCAGGCGUCAAGAGGGUUUGAGCUCUUCAGAGCCAGCAUCAUGAAGAAUGUUAAGUUUCACCAACAGAUCGAAAAGAAGUCGCUGUCGCAGCUCAAAAAAUCCAUGCAGAGGAUUCGCUCCAAGCAGCAAAAGUACAAGGACGGACAGAAGAGCAGUGAUGUCUCCAGCAGCACUGACCACUCCUCUGAAGCUGAAUCCCGGAAAGACAAGAAGAAGUCUAAGAAGAGAAGCUGGUACCAGCCGUGGAUCGACCAUGCAGGAGUCAUCCACUCAGGAGAUUACUACCUGUUUGAGUCCGACAGUGAGGACGAAGAGGACAUGAACUACGAAGAGAAGAAGCCUCAGGCUCAGACUGCCUGCCAGUUGGCAUACCAGGCCUGGGUGACGAGUGUGAAGGCGGCUUUGAGAGAACGCCAGAGACAUCAGAGACACAUGAAGGCUGUCAAAGGAAAAGAGUCAAAGAGACAAGAAAGAGGAGAUUCCCAACAGGAGGCUCUUACUCUGAAGGCAUGUACAGAUGAAGUUUUUGAGGAGACCAAUGACAACUGUGAAGUCGAGGAACCUGAAGAAGAAGAGUCUGUGCAUGGAGAGAUGGUGCAGAAGAUCCUGGACAUCCUGCGCUUCCUGUGGGCCAUUAUCCUGGCCAUGGUGGACGGAGUGACCCAGUGGCUCAAUCUGCUCACGAAGCAGUACAGAGACACAUCCACGGUCCUGUGCAACGAACGCUACUUCAUCAUCCACAAAAUCAAGCAGCAGGACACAGCCGAGUCCAGAGAAGACCUGGUGUCUCAGAACAGUGAGAGUUCCAGCCAGAACACAAGUUUGGUUCCAGAACAGGCGGCCAGAAGCAGAUUGGAAACCCCAAGGCGCAGCAGCAAUGGGAAUCUCCUCACUGAAGACGUCCUGAGCAGCAGCAUGGGACAACAACCAGAACCGCUGAGACAAACCAGACACUCCAGAACGGCCAGUGAGAUCCUCUCCAACAGGGCGUUUUUCAUCGAAGAGCUGGAGCAGAGUAGAGAUUUCUUCAACAACCAGAACCGGCUGCUGAGGCUGCUGGUGGCCGUGUUCAACCUGCUGUCGGCCAACUCCGAGCUGCUCUGCUACUUCAUCAUGGUCCUGAACAACGUGGUCAGUGCCUCGGUCAUAUCCCUGGUCCUGCCCAUGCUGGUCUUCCUGUGGGCCAUGCUGUCGGCUCCCAGACCAACCAAGAGGUUCUGGAUGACGGCGAUAGUCUACACAGAGGCCAUGGUGGUGCUGAAGUACAUCUUCCAGUUCGGGUUCUUUCCGUGGAACAGUGUUUAUGAGAUGACUCUGAACGAAGACAAGCCCUUCUUCCCACCGCGCAUCUUCGGCCUGGAGAAAACUGACAGCUACAUCAAAUAUGAUCUCCUGCAGCUGCUGGCUCUCUUCUUCCACAGAUCGCUCCUCAUGCAAUACGGUCUGUGGGAUCAUGAGGGCCCACUGGAGGAGCAGAGUGCAUCAUCAGAAGAUGGGCAUAACGUCAGAGCAGGAGAGGAAACCGGGAGCAGGAAGGAGGAAGCUCAAGACGCUAAAAGAAAAGACCAGGACAUUGAAGAAGCGGGUCCUAGUUCAGACGCCGCCACCAUUCAACCGCCUGAUGCGGCUGAGGUGCUGCCUGAUGGGCCGGGGGGCGACCAUGAAACCAGGAACAACACCGUGGAUAUUCUGGACGAGGUGGAGAGAGAUAGUCAACGACUGACAGGGGACGUCCCGAAGAAGGACACCAAAUGGCUAAUGGGGGACUUCCUGAAAAGGGACAGCAAACGGUUGACGGGGGACGUCCCAAAGAGAGACAGCAGCAUCCGGUUCCGCAGAAAAAACAAGAAAGCCAAAAAACAGGACAGCAAAGUCUCCAGCUCCCUGAUGGAAACAGAGUCUCUGUCAGAGACUGCAGAGUCUGUGAAGGAACCAGGGAAGAAAAAAGCAAAAGACAAGAAGAGUGAGGCCAUGCUCAGAUUAAUCACUGUGGGACACAAGAUACAGCAAGUCUUCAUAACAGGGUUCCAGAAUGUGAAGCAGCCGGCUCAGAGUUUCUUCAGGAGUAUAACCAAGGAUAAAUAUCGGGCCUCCACAGAUGUCUACGCCCUGAUGUUCCUCACCGAUGUCGUUGACUUUGUCAUCAUCAUCUUUGGCUUCUGGGCCUUUGGGAAGCACAGUGCUGCAGCAGACAUAGCGUCUACCCUGUCGGAGGACCAGGUUCCCGAGGCCUUCCUGGUGAUGCUGCUCAUCCAGUUCAGCACCAUGAUCAUCGACAGAGCUCUGUACCUGCGCAAGGCCGUUCUGGGGAAACUCAUCUUUCAGGUGAUCCUGGUUCUGGGAAUUCAUCUGUGGAUGUUCUUCAUCCUGCCGGCUGUCACGGAAAGGAUGUUCAAUCAGAACUUUGUGGCCCAGCUCUGGUACUUUGUCAAGUGCAUCUACUUCGGCCUGUCGGCCUAUCAGAUCCGCUGCGGUUACCCCACCCGUAUCCUUGGAAACUUCCUCACCAAGAAAUACAACCACCUCAACCUGUUUCUCUUCCAAGGGUUUCGCCUCGUUCCAUUCUUGGUGGAGCUGCGUGCGGUCAUGGACUGGGUUUGGACCGACACCACCCUGUCCCUGUCAGACUGGAUGUGUGUCGAGGACAUUUAUGCCAACAUCUUCAUCAUAAAAUGCAGCCGGGAAACAGAAAAGAAAUACCCUCAACCUAAGGGCCAGAAGAAGAAGAAGAUUGUGAAAUACGGCAUGGGCGGACUUAUUAUUUUCUUCUUAAUCUGCAUCAUCUGGUUUCCUCUUCUCUUCAUCUCAUUGGUCAGAUCGGUGGUGGGCGUGGUUAACCACCCGAUCGACGUCACAGUCACUUUCAAACUCGGUGGUUACGAGCCCCUGUUCACCAUGAGCGUGCAGCAGCAGUCCAUCCAUCCCUACACAGCUGCUGAGUACGAUCAACUCACCAAGACGUUUGGAGACAAUGCCGUGGCUAUGCAGUUCAUCACUCUGUACAGCUAUGAGGACAUCGUAACGGCCGUGAUCGAGGGCAGCUCAGGUUCCGUGUGGAGGAUCAGCCCCCCCAGCAGGCAGGAGGUCAUCAAGGAGCUCCUGAACAGCCCUGUGGACCUGACCCUCCGCCUGGCCUGGACCUUCCAGAGGGACCUGGGGAAAGGUGGGACCGUUGAACACACGUUUGGUAAACAUUCGAUAGACCUGGAGCCGGGGAACCCGGUUAGAGAAGAGCUGGCGUAUCUACUGAUCGGCAACCGGACUGAGCCUGUGCUCAUUCCUCACAUGUUCCCUAACUACAUGCGUGCCCCCAAUGGAGCUGAGGCCAAACCAGUCAGUCAGCUGUACAAAGACGAUGAAGCUGAUUACCAGAACAUCAACCUGUCCCUGAAGAGCGACAGGUCUGUGAACGGCUCCUGGGGGCAGGAGUGGUGGGACAUCUACGUGGUGCCCUGCCAGCAGCCAUGCAGCGUGCUCCGCAUGGUCAUAUUCAACGACAAAGUCAGCCCACCGAGCCUGGGCUUCCUGGCUGGAUACGGGAUAAUGGGUCUGUACGUGUCGGUGGUCCUGGUCAUUGGGAAGUUUGUGCGUGGUUUCUUCAGUGAGAUCUCCCACUCCAUCAUGUUUGAGGAGCUGCCCUGUGUGGACCGCAUCCUGAAACUCUGCACCGACAUCUUCCUGGUUCGGGAAACCGGGGAACUGGAGCUGGAAGAGGAGCUUUACUCCAAGCUGAUCUUCCUCUACCGCUCUCCAGAGACGAUGAUCAAAUGGACUCGGGACAUCCACCUCAGAGAGCAGGACUGACGCUGACUGUGAACUUGACGUGAAGCACAGUGAGGAGGCGCCCGGCGGACAGCUGAUGGCGGGCGCCUCAGAGACGCUGCUGUGUAGGCAGAGUAAUGUGCAAUGUGAACCAUCUCCUCAUGCUGGACUCUUUGUGUUUCUGCUGCUGCCUGAGCAUCCGGAUCAACCUGAGCACACACUGUAGGAGUCGGGCUGCGGCCCCUCGGGGUCCUGGGGGGAUCAGGCUGCGGCCCCUCUGAGGUCAGGAAGCAGCUGGAUGUCUGUUGCAUCUCUGCAGCUUUGACCCAGGCUGGGUUUGUGUGGGAUGGGGGGCUAGAGGAACCGAGCAGGUGCACAACUACCUGCUGGUCCAACCAGCUGCAGGCCUCGUGUGUCCAUCUUCUCCAUCCCGGAUCGGGUUGGAAGUCAUUAGAAAACUAUUUUUAAAGUCAUGGUGAUUGGUUGUCACAGCAAACUAAAGACAAUAUGCUCACACUUUAUUGAAAGAAAAAAGAAGACAUCCAAACAUCCAUCCAUUUUCUUACCCCUUGUCCCUAGUGGGGUUGGGAGGUUCUGGUGCCUUUCUCCAGCUAACGUUAAAGGCGAGAUGCAGGGUCACCCUGGACAGGUCAGAAAGAAAACAUGUUUCUGUUUUUUCAAAGAUGAAAAUAUGAGGUCCCAGUAAAGUUUCUGCAGCAGAACCACCUCGUCUGUUUGUUACAGAUGCAUGUAAAGAUUCUUGGUCAUAUUUAACUUCUUCUAUUUCAGACAGCCUGGGUUUCUGUGCUGUCACACAAACCUAACAUUUCACACACACAUUGCUCCUUUUCAGCUCAAACUCUAACCAUGAGAUCUGGACCAGCUCUCUGUUUUAAAGGAAUACUUGAAAUGAGGUUCUGUUGAAGCGUAAGAAGGAAACAAUAUCCUACCUAACACAACUGACUUUUGAGUGGCCAUUAUUCCUGAAAAUGUUAAUGAAUCAUUAUUAAAUCCAGAUUAGUUUGUCUCAGAGGCUGAAGGCCAAAAGUAUAUUUCUGUUUAAAGGGGCAGUAUCAUGCAUUUUAUAGCAUAAUCAAUGUUACCUUCAGUUGUUAUAAACUUAUAUCUAUAUAUCAAACAUAAUUUCAGAUAAAUUUGACUUUGCAAUUUAAUGACUUGAAAUUGGACCCCUGCCUCUUUAAGAAACUCCUGCACUUUCUGAAUCUCCACCUUCAGAAAGUCGACACAGCAACAUUUCUGUGUAUCAGAACAUUAUUCUUAGAAGUGUUUGCACUAAGCAGAAGUGCAGCUCCACCAGGUGGUUAUUGCUGCUGCCACUAGUCUGAAGGAGCGCUGUGGAAAAGGUGGAAAUCUGUGCGAGCAAGCGUUUAGGCACCUCAUUACCACAGUAAAAUAAAGGAUUCCCCAAACAUGCAUAAAAACAUCACAGCAACACUUCGUGUAUGUUUUUGAUGAGGGAAUAACAUUUUAACAUGAUGUCAAACUAAAAAGUUCAGUUUUACACCAGACUGCUCCUUUAACGUACAAAGAAACGUAGAAAUUAUUAAAAACUCCAUCUUAAUUUCUCUCAGAGACUGAAGGCCCAAAGUAGACUUUAAAGAUCUCCAGUCUCAGUUUAUGGGAUUUAUUCACCUUUGACCUGUCGUCAUGCUUACAUUAGAAGUUAUUUACACAGCAGCUGUUGGUUACUCACAUGGGGAAAUGGAGGAAGGAGGCAAUGCGCCAAUGUCCCCUUCCUGGAAACAGAACAGACGCUGCAGCAAAACUAAAGCUUUGGGUUUUAUUUCAACCCUGCUAACAGUUUUGCAGUUUAAACCAUCCUCCUGUCGUUUCCACACAGUUCCACUGAGUGUUACACGUUCCAUUCUCUGUACAACACAGGAACGUUGUUGGUGUGCUGCUUUGUGAAAACGGUUAGAAGUCUGCUUUCGGACUGGCGCCUCGGACUACUUCAGCCUCUGGCACCAACGGACCUGGUUCUUCACUAAAUGAAGACGCUAAAAACGUUUUCUACUGCUUUUAACAGAACCUCAAAUCAAAAAUCCCAAACUGUCCUCUUGCCAUAGAGAUGGAGGAGGAUUGGAUUACGGUGGUGGUGGAAAGCUGGAUGUUUUUUCUAAUUGGCCUCUCUAGUCAGACUGACUGACUAACUCUCUGAGUCCACCACAGUUCCCAGUUCCAACCCAUAGUCAACAGACUGGCUCCCAGAGUCGACCAGUCACCAGGCAGCUUUAUCUGCUUCUUCGCUCAGUCUGAUACCUGGGGAGUUUCAGAAGAUGUUGGAAGAUAGAAAUCCCUCAACUCGGCCUAAUCUAUAAAUCUAUAAACCAUAAAAUGUUUCUGAACCCAAAGGAAGAUCUGGUGAGUCUACAGACCAGACAGCUGAAGCAAAAGACCGUCAGACACCUCUCUGCAGUCUGUCACAAAGACAUCAUCUAUUCUCGCUUUCUCAGUUUGAACCUAUGAAAAUUGUAUAUCACACAGUUUGAAAGACAAAACAGAAUUUUGCACCAGGGAAUUGAUUCUCAAAGAGCUGAACAUUUGAACAGUGGGUGAUUGACUAAAGGAAGACACACGUCUCUGGUUCUGUCAGCUCUUCACCACAAGCCUGAAGAUACGUCUUCCAUUUAGCCGGAUUGUUUCUGCUCUCGGUUAAAACCUCGGUGAAAAAGCAGCCAGAGUCCAAAGACCCAUGUUGAAUUUGCUCCGUUAAACUUUGAAUGACUUAGAAACAAAGCAAAUUGGAAACUCAUUUUAAAAAUGGAUGAUUCUCUUUACCUCUUCACUAACCAUAAAAAAAAUGAACACUACUGUAAUGAGCUGAGACCUCCUGGAAAGGUUGGUGCUCCACCAGACCAACCAGGCGAGUCUUGAGGGAUCCGGCAGGCUCAUCAGGCCUUUGGUCAGGGAAAUAUCUAACUGGGAGCACUCAACUGUUCCCCUGGUUACGAUAUACCAAGACCAAGACAUCAGCACAUCAUCCUAGCAGUGAACCAUAAACGGCCCACUUCAACCUUCUGGUUGAUAAAUGGGAAGGAGACAUUUAUUUAUUUUAUUUUGCAGUUUAGAGAUGAUGAUGUUUCCCCUCACUGGUUUUACCUUUAUUUUUCUCCCAGUUAAGUCAGAUAAACACCAACAGGUGAGGGAAUGAUGCUGACCUCCUAAUGGGAGGUCAGCAUCAUUCCUGCCUUCCUCUGCUUGAAAAAUGUAGCAACACGAGAUACUUCAGAUAAACUGUAGAGCUGAAACCCUGCAGUGAACAUUCAUUGAGCCGUUGGAAGGAUUGGAUGACGGACUGCACUUUGAAUUUUCUUUCAUUUCCAGUGAAAAACAGUAUCCAUUGUGACUGUAUAUAAUACAUGAUUUCAUGUAUCAGUGUUCUGUUAUGAUAUGUUGCAUAAUUUGAUGAUUCAAUAAAGAGCAGUGCCAUGUA